AUGUUGGACGAAUUGGUGAAAGAUUACUCUGCAUACUUGAAAUUAGAUGUGUUAAAUGGUUUUCAAACAGUUCAAGAUGUGGUUGAUAACAUGUUGACAAGACUUGAAGAGCUAACUAGUGUACUGCAGAUGGUCAAACUAAAGAAUAGUGAUUGUAGCUCAGCUGUUUCAGAUGAUAUCAGCAAAUACCGCAAUGAAAUUACAGCACUUUCAAAAAAAAUAUCUACACUAUUAAAUGUUAUACAGAAACUUCAAAAUAAUGUGGAACAACUUGAAAAACAGGUGGAAAAAGCAGAAGCUGACUUUGGCAUAAACAAUGACAACAAAAUUAAAAGCUUCUUAAAACCAUUCUUGAAAAGGACUAAAGAGAUUGUUCCACCAAGUACCCCAUCUCCAACAUAUGAGAGAUUAGUUUUUGAAAGUGUCUUAAAUAGUUUUGAAGACCAAAAACCUUGA